GAAAAGACAACACAAAAUUAUAUAUAUAGUGACGUGUAUUUUUCCCCAAACGACCAAGAAACACUUUUCUUCAAACAAUAGGCCGAUGGUUAAAUCCUAGGAACCUUUGUUGUCUAAAACAUUAUGACAAAAAGUUCUUGAGAUAAGACAAGGUUCUAAUAGACCUUAAAUGUAAAUUAUGUAGUUCAUAACAGACAAAAUGGUUGCCUAGAUGGCGUCUCGUUGCUGGUGAGGAAUCUCAUGAUUCUCCGGGCCUUUAUGUGCAAAUUCACCUAAUAAAUGCAUCAAUGUUUUAGAAAUCGAAGAAGUAUCAUUAAGCUUCAACCAAUCAUCAUGGGUUCAAGGAUAUUCUUCCUAUUUUCAUUUCUAGGAUUCCUAUUUGCCAUACUUCCAUCAGUAAAGGCAGAGCCCUUAAAGAACACAAGACUAUUCAGAGAAUACAUAGGAGCUGAAGACAAAAAUGUUGGAUUUUCAGAUGUACCUAUUCAUUCAGAUGUUGAAUUCCACUUCAUUCUCUCCUUUGCUAUCGAUUACACAGGAUCAUCUUCUCCUUCUCCAACAAAUGGCAAGUUCAAAGUCUUUUGGGACGAAAAAAACCUCACGCCUUCUUCUAUUUCUUCCAUCAAGGCCAAGCAUUCGAACGUCAAGUUUGCCCUCAGCCUCGGAGGUGAUACAGUAGGUGAUGGAAUAUUUGUAUUCUUCAAACCCAAAUCCAUUACAUCUUGGGUUAACAAUGCUUUUAAGUCCAUAUCUGAUAUAGUGAAGGAGUAUGAUCUAGAUGGGGUUGACAUCGAUUAUGAACACUUCAAAGCAUCCCCUGAUACAUUUACCGAGUGUAUAGGGCAACUCCUACAACGACUCAAAAGUCAAAAUAUCAUUUCCUUUGCAUCCAUUGCACCAUUUGAUGACGACACUGUGCAGUCACAUUACAUGGCUUUGUGGAGAAAGUAUGGAGAUCUAAUAGACUAUGUCAACUUCCAGUUCUAUUCCUACGGAAAAGGCACAACAGUUUCUCAGUUUUUGAACCAUUUCGAUACCCAAAGCUCUAAUUAUGAAGGUGGUAAAGUUCUAGCAAGCUUUGCAACAGAUGGAAGUGGAGGUUUGAAACCAGAAAAAGGGUUCUUCAAAGCAUGCAACACCCUUCAAAGUAGGGGCGAACUUCAUGGCAUAUUUGUUUGGUCAGCAGACGAUUCGAAGAAGAACAAUUUUCGUAAUGAGAUACAAGCACAAAACCUUUUGGCCAAUGCAGAAUGA